AUGAUGAUGCCAGCCCGGCCCCAGCAGAACAGUGACAGUGAAUCCAAUGACAGUGAAUCCAAUUACAGUGAAUCCAAGGUGUGGUCCUUAAGGAAUGCUGAGGAUGUGUUGCGGGGCCUCAACAAGCAGCGGAAGCGAGGCCACUUCUGUGAUGUGGUGCUGGUGGCUGACAAGCAGCGGGUCCCUGCUCACCGGGCCCUGCUGGCCCUCUCCAGCCCAUACUUCAACGCCAUGUUCACAUUGGGCAUGAGGGAGCAACACCAGGAGGAGGUGGAGCUGGUUGGCAUGUCCUACGUCGGUCUGAAGACUGUAGUGGACUCACUUUACACCGGAAAGCUGCUGUUGGUUGAAGAAAACAUUGAACGUGUGCUGGAAGCUGCCCACUUUCUGCAGGUGGGUCCAGUGGUGGAUUUCUGCUGCAAGUACCUAGAGGAGGUUCUGAGUGAGGACAACUACCUGCACCUGCAGGGCCUGGCGCUGCUCUACAGCCUGAAGCCACUGGAGACGUGCAUCGACAGCUUCAUCCUCGCUCGCUUUGCCACGCUCUCUUUCACCCCCGACUUCUCUCACUCCAUUCCUUUGCACAAACUGGCAUCCUACCUCUCCAGCAGCCAGGUUCAACAUGACUGCGAGGAGGCCCUUCUCCAGGCCACCCUGCAGUGGCUCAGCCAGACUCCUGAGCGGACCGCCCACGCCGCUCAGCUCCUCUCCCACAUCCGCCUCCCUCUGGUGCCGGCGGAGGACCUGAUGGGCCGAGUGCUGCCGGCGGUCCGGGCCCUGCUGGGGGAGGAUGCCAGCUGCAAGGUCCAGCUGGAGGAAGCUGAGGCUUAUCACGCCAGGCCCAGCGCACAGCCGCUCCUGCAGACAGGACACAGCACGCCAAGGGGGGGUGUAGAGCGCCUACUGCUGAUUGGAGGAGAGGUGUCAGACCGGGGAGAGGAGCUAAGCGCCAAUGUUUGCUGGAUGGACGGUGAUGAGAAAAACUGGGUGGUGGAAACGGCGCUGCCGUCGGGGCGGAGCCACCACCUCCUGGCAGUGCUGGGGGGCUUCAUCUUCACUGCUGGCGGCAGCUCGUCCCGGGACAGCGGUGGAGGCGCGUCCUGUAACCUGCACAGAUACGACCCCCGCCACAACCAGUGGACCACGGGUGCUCCAAUGAAUGAGCGGCGAGCAGAUUUUUACCUGGGGGCGAUGGGAGAGUGCCUGAUCGCCGUGGGGGGGAGGAAUGACACCGGAAUGUUGUCCUCUGUGGAGGUUUACCAUCCCGCUGAGGACAGCUGGUCCUACGUGGCAGAACUACCCAGGUCUACUUUUGCCCAUGCUGGGACCGUCUACCAGGGUGUAGUCUGCAUCUCCGGCGGCCACGACUCUCAGAUCGGCCCGUACCGCCGAGACUUCCUGAGCUAUCCGUCCCGGUACGGGGAGGUGUGGGCCGAACAGCAGCCCAUGUCUGUGGCCCGGGGCUGGCAUUGCAUGGCCUCCCUUAACCACCUCAUCUACGCCAUCGGGGGCAGCGACGACAACGCAGACACCACUGAGCGCUUCGACAUCCUGGAAGUGGAAUCUUUCAGUCCUCGCAGCGGCCAGUGGACCCGGGUGUCACAGCUGCUGCUGCCCGGCAGCGAGGCGGGGGUGGCAGUCUGGAAAGGCAGGAUAUUCGUGCUCGGAGGCUACAGCUGGGAGGGUAUGGUGUUCUCUAGAGCCACUCAGGUGUACUACCCCUGGAUGGACUCAUGGCUUAGGGGACCUGACCUGCCGAAUCGCACCGCAGGGGCCUCAGCAUGUGUGUGCACGUUGAAGCCCUUACCGUCAUCCCCCUCCCCGGAGAAGAAGAACUAGGUGGGAAAAGGGUCAGAGGAAGAUUACACCCCAUGUGGCAACUGGGAUGAGGGACUUUUUCUUUGUCCAAAAAUACAGGGCCUAAGACAAAGCCUGAUGCAUACUUCUGAUACAAAUCCUUUUUUUUUAAAUAACUUAUAUAUUUUGUUUUGUCACUAUUCAUUUUCUCACAAUCUCAGGGGGACUGCAGCAUCAAAAAAGAGAAGAGAAGUGGUAAUAAUGCUUACCAUUUUUUUGGUAAAGAACACCUGACACUGAUUAGAAAACUGAAUUCACUCUGCUUUCAUCCUACAAAACCUAGAGAUGAGUAACAUACUUUAUGUCUGAGCAUUAAUACUUAGAUAUAUAUACUGUAUUUAAUGUCAGCGGACCAUGGCGGUAGGCCACAUCUCCAAACAAAUCAGGGAAGUCCCUCAUAAUCCUCAUUCCAGUUCCAAGGGUCGGUCUUUGGAGGAUUUUGGCCGCUUUAUGCCAACCGGGCAUAUACACAAAUGCAGCAGAGAGGCUCACAAUGACUAACUUAAUGUCGAGCUGUCAGUUCUGCCAAUGACAACACCCUUUGUACAUCCAGUGUCCUCUGUCCCAGGCCGUCUAUCUCUGUUACAGGCCCAGAGAAGAAUACCUCGCUGACGGGGAACUCAGGGUCCGCGCAGCGUGUCAGGGCCUUUACAAACCAAAGCACAUAUAGUUUUGUGCUCUGCCUACGUAACACAUAUACAGAGAGUGUAUGGAAGGAAAUGAUAAUAUUCACUGUACAUUGUAGCAAAAUUUCAUAAAUGUUUCAGAAUCUUUUGCUGGACUUUGCAUUUGUAAGCCUUAACCUGUCAAAUUGCCUUUCAUUAAAAAGUAAUCUGAUUAUGUAAACACAAACAUUA